CGCGCGGCGGCGGCGGCGCGCUUCCCGGAACAGCCCGCGGAGGGCAGCGCUGCUCGAACCCACCCGCGGCCGCAGCUCCCGCCGGACGGCUGCGGGGCCCGGGGCGCGGGCAGCGAUGGCCACGCGCGCCUGACAGGUGCGGAGCAUGUACGGCAAAGCGGGCAAGGGCUGCGCGCCCUCGGACGGCCAGGCGCGCGAGAAGCUCGCACUGUAUGUAUAUGAAUACCUGCUGCAUGUGGGGGCGCAGAAGUCGGCACAGACCUUCCUGUCCGAGAUCCGCUGGGAGAAGAACAUCACAUUGGGCGAGCCCCCUGGUUUCCUGCACUCCUGGUGGUGUGUCUUCUGGGACCUUUAUUGCGCAGCCCCAGACCGAAGAGAGGCCUGUGAGCACUCCAGUGAGGCCAAAGUCUUCCAGGACUAUAGUGCGGCAGCCCCCAACCCUGUGAUGGGCGCCAUGGCCCCUAAUGACGCAAUGGGGGCCGGUCCUAUGGCGCCAGGCUUCUUUCAGCCCUUUAUGUCAGCACGGUUCCCAGGGGGUGCCCGGCCCUCCCUAAGGAUACCAGGCCAGCCUCCCGUGGGCCUCCCUGGCUCCCAGCCCCUCAUCCCCGGUGCCAUGGACCCCUCCCCACGCACACAGGGGCACCCCAGCCUGGGAGGCCCGAUGCAGAGGGUGACACCUCCGAGGAGCAUGGCCAGUGUUGGGCCCCAGGGCUAUGGAGCUGGCAUGCGGCCCCCACCCAAUUCCCUUGCCACCAGCCAGGUCCUGCCAUCCAUGAACAUGGGUCCGGGGGUGCGUGGCCCGUGGGCCAGUCCCAGCGGUAACUCGAUUCCCUACGCUUCCUCAUCUCCUGGCAGCUACACGGGACCCGCAGGAGGGGGCGGAGCCCCCGGAACACCCAUCAUGCCCAGCCCUGGAGACUCCACCAACUCCAGCGAGAAUAUGUAUACCAUCAUGAACCCCAUCGGGCCGGGCGCCGGCAGGGCUAACGUGAGUGGGGGCCGGUGCGCCUCACCCGACGGGGACCCCGCGGGGGGCGGCCGGCCCGAGCCCCACGCUGCCCUGUGCCCGCAGUUCCCGCUCGGCCCCGGCCCCGAGGGCCCAAUGGCCUCUAUGAGCGCGAUGGAGCCGCACCACGUGAACGGAUCCCUGGGCUCGGGCGAUAUGGACGGGCUGCCGAAGAACUCCCCCGGCGCCGUGGGCGGCCUGAGCAACGCCCCGGGGACCCCGCGCGACGACAGCGAGAUGGCGGCCGCCGGGACCUUCCUGCAUCCGUUCCCGAGCGAAAGCGUAAGCGCCUGCGUCGACUCCCCACCCGCGGCCGCGGCGGGCCGGAGGGGCCUGGCGGGCAGACCCCGGCGGGGCGGCCGCGGGGCCAGAGCAAGACCGUGACCGCGGCGGGCCAGUACUCCCCCGGCAUGACCAUGAGCGUGUGAUAGCCCUGGCCUGAGCCCAGUGUCCUGCUGGCGAGGUCUCGGGUCACGCCCCUGCUACCCGGACUGGAUGGCCAGCAGGGCCCCCACGAAGGACUUUCUCAUUUUCUAAACACACAGACACACACACAGACACAGACACACACACAGACGCGCGCAAGGACCUCAGAGAAGUGCGGGCCUUCGGACCUAUGUGCUGUCACAGGGCUUGGGGGCUGAGGGGGACUGCCAAUAAACACAUUUGGUUUUGUCUUUUUGGUA